ACCACAAGCCGUAGACAGUCGCAAUCAUGCAUUUCACUCAGCUGCUCCCGUGCAUCAUUGCCUCUGCCUCGGUCGCAGUCGCCCAGCUCAUCCCCGUCGGCCCUAUCGCAACAUUCUACACUGAGCCAGACUACCAGGGCAAUUCCUUCAUCGCUCUCCGAGUCGACAAGUGUCUUCAGCUGCCCCAGGGCAUCGUCGGAAACGUGAGCUCAGUCCAACUGCAGCAGUUCCCAAGCCCCUACUACGUCUCCUGCACCCUUUACAACGAGGAUAACUGCCACAAUCCGGCAGCUUCGGCCAUCUACUACGCCAUCUCAAUAUUCGACAACAACUACUUGCCUGAUCACAACGUUCGAUCGGUUUCUUGCGCGUUGACCCGGCUUUUCCCUUGAUUGAAAUGAGGAAGAAGUGGUCGGACUUAUGGUGGAGGUGUUGUUCUAGAUGAAACCAGGCAAAGGGACGACGCUGUUGCUUCAAUCACGAGAAGCUGUAUGGAUGGGCAUUCUGCAUGAUCUUAUGAUGAUUGUUGAACUUCACUCUUAGAGGAGCAAUUAUACUCGAAACUACGAAUCCCUGAAAUAUGCCCUUC